UAUAAAAGAACUGGGAAAAGUCGGCACCGCCCUCACUUCAUGCCGAGACCGUUAGGAAAGUUGAUCAAAGUCUGGCUUUACAAAGCUGCACCAAUCCUGCCUUAAAAAAAAACACAGGAGUGUGCUGCGUUUUUGUUUUGAAGCUUAAAAAAGUCGCCCUUGUGCAUUACAAGAAAUAAGCAUGUACAAAAUGGGACUCAGACCCUUGGUUCUCUUAACGCUGACUGCUUUCCUCUGUGCUGCCGCCCAGAAAGAGGGGCUUGCGUCAGAUGACGUCGAAACAGUGACCAUUGGAGGAAGUGAAGAUAAAAAUGUCUCCACGUUGUCGGGGCUACCAAUCACUCUAGCCCCAGGGAGUGACAAGACCCAGUCUGAUGAAGACAGCAAAGACUCCAGCUUCACAACCUCUAGAGAGUCCAACUCCACUGAAGAUGAUGGGCCUGAAGCUGACGACUCUAAUGGGAAGGACUUCUUGGAAAUGCUGACCCUGAUCGGGAUCAUCGUGGGGGCCAUCGUGGCCGUGGUCAUCGUACUGACUGUCAUUGUCAUCAUCAUCAAGAAAAUGUCUGGAGGAUACUCGCCCUGAUCUGCCAAGAUAAACAGACAUGACUAACUGGUGGUUCUGCUGUGAGAAUGAAGUCAUUUGAAACCAGGAUAACCGACCGUACGUCUGCCAAUGUUCCUUGGACUCUAAAGCGGCCCGUCUCUCAGAGAGCUGGUGAAACCUGCCCCUGCCCCUCCCCCCCACCUCCCCUCCCCCUCCCCUCCAGUCAUUUACUAUGUGUAGUGCAAAUCCAGCAUGUAGUUAAAGUCAUUUAAUGCAGAAUUUGUUUUGUAUGGAGGUGCAAAAUAUAUUGUAUUUAUAGCAUACAAUAUAUCAGUUCAGUUUAGUUUAUUGCCACGUGUACUGAGCUACAGUGAAAAGCUUUUGUUGCAUGCCAACCAGUCAGCGGAAAGGCAAUGUGUAUGUAUUGUAUGACGUUGCAGGUCAAGGCCCUUCUUCAGUCCGAAGAAGGGUCUCGACCCGAAACGUCACCCAUUCCUUCUCUCCAGAGACGCUGCCUGUCCCGCUGAGUUACUCCAGCAUUUAGUGUCUAAUGUUAUUUGAAUUGUCUGCUAAAAAUGAAAAAAUGAGGGAAGAAGUUUCGACUUUAUUGCCUUCCAUCACAGUGGGGAACCAUGAAGAAUCCACUGUGGUGGAUGUUUAUGUUGACUUUUCUGUAGUUUUAUGUCUUAGAAUGGUUGCAUGGUAAUUUGCAUAUCACCGUAGCUAGAACACGUGACAAUAAAAGACCUUUAACCUUUGCUACAAUAUGCGUAACAUGUUUAUGCUAUGUAUAAAUAUGCUAUGUAUUGAUACAUAUAUGCUUUGUAUUUAUACGUGAAGCUUUGUCCCCAAAUUAUCAGCACUUUUGAUUUUUGCUUCUUCAAUAACUUUAUCUUUUCUACCCUAAUGAAAUUGGACAUGAAUGAGGAGGCGAGCUGUGCUGCAAAAUGCAAUUAAUCAAUCAACUAAUCAAUCGAUCAAUUGACCAAAUGAUCGAUCAAUCAACAGAUCAAUCAAUCAAUCAAUCAAUUGACCCAUCGAGCAAACAAACAAACAACCGAUCAAUCGAUCGAUCAACCAAUUGAGCAAUCAAACAACUGAUCAAUUGAUCAACCAAUCAAUCAAUCAUUCGAUCAAUUUCUGUGAAGGAAGAAUGGGAUGGCAAGGCCCUGGAAGCUUUGAUCCUCAGCUCUAAGUAACAGCCUUCUGAGAUUGUUCCAUUGAGGGGGAUUUGUGGAGCAGUGUAGGGGGGCUGAGUUGCAUCUUGCUCAGCCUCUUACCCCUGCAAUUGCUGGAUGCUGUCAUCAGGUUUGGGUUGAAAUGAGAACGUUCCCCACAGCCAAGUGUCCGUGGACGUGUGGGUUUUGGUGCACGGUCAUUCAUUCAUUCCAAUGUCGUUACCCUGUCCACCAGUAACGGCACGGUGGUGCAGCGGGUAGUACUGCUGCCUCACAGCGCCAGAGACCCGGGUUCCAUCCUGACUACGGGCGCUGUCUGUACGGAGUUUGCACGUUCUCCCCGUGACCGUGUGGGUUUCCUCCGGGUGCUCUGGUUUCUUCCCGCACUCCAAAGACGUACGGGUUUGUAGGCUUGUACCUUCUCGCCAGAGAUGCUGCCUGACCCGUUGAGUUACUCCAGCUUUUUGAGUCCCUCUUCGGUUUAAACCAGCAUCUGCAGUUCCUUCCCACACGGGUUUGUAGGUUAAUUGGCUUAGAUGGGGAAAAAUUGUAAAUUGUUCCUAGUGUGUAGGACAGUGCUAGUGUACAGGGUCGGCAUGGAUCUGUUGGGCCGAAUGGCCUGUUUCCAUGCUGUAUCGCCAAAGUCUAAAGUGAAAUUGAACAUUCUCUCAGCCCUGUGAGUGCUGAAGAGUUCAAGAAGAAACUGCAGAUGGUGGUAGACAAAAUUGCUGGAGUAACUCAGCGGGUGCAGCAGCAUCUGUGGAGCCCCUGUGAAUGCUGAACAGUGUGAGCAGGGUCUGGGGUUAAGUCUUGUCAGUGGCAGCAGUCUCUGAGCAGUGUCCCAGGCUGACUCCACAUCACCAGAAACAGAACGCUUUCCACGUCAGCGUGCGAGACUUCAGAGACUGGGAGCUUCCUCUGGAUGCCCGAAUAUCCCCAGCAACCUGUCAGUCCUCCACAGACUCCAGGGUGACUCGAGAUCCCACGUCAGGGACCAGUCCUGGCCACAACCAGCAAAGUGUUUGACAUCUUGUACUCAACUGGCCAUUAUUACAACAGUUGCUGUCAAAUAAAACUGUGUUUUUUUAAAAAUAAAGUGUCAUUAUCAAAGUGUCAAAUUUCAUUACCUAUGAAAUAUAUUAUUGUUAAUAAAAGGCACUUGUUUUUA